CCGGCAGAUUGUUUAACAGGCCAUGAUGCUGUUUUCACGAGACAUUUUUUAUCAAUGAAAGCGGAAGUCAUUUUAGGAUAACAAAAUGCUUGUUUUAGUACUUGGUGACCUUCACAUUCCCCAUCGCUGCUCGGGGGUUCCUGGCAAGUUUAAGAAACUGCUGGUUCCUGGUAAGAUUCAACACAUUCUCUGUACCGGCAACCUCUGUACCAAGGAGUCAUUUGAUUACCUCAAAACUCUGGCUAGUGAUGUCCAUGUGGUCCGAGGUGAUUUCGAAGAGAACCUGAACUACCCAGAGCAGAAGGUGGUAACAGUUGGUCAGUUCCGUAUUGGGAUGUGUCAUGGUCACCAGGUUGUGCCAUGGGGUGAUACUGAGGCCCUUGCAAUGGUCCAACGACAACUUGAUGUUGAUAUUCUCAUAUCUGGACAUACGCACAGAUUCGAGGCUUUCGAGCAUGAGAAUAAGUUCUACAUUAACCCCGGCUCAGCUACAGGGGCUUAUAAUGCAUUAGACAGUGAAGUAGUUGCGUCUUUCGUCAUCCUGGACAUACAGCAGUCAACUGUGGUUGCAUACGUGUACAAACUGAUCAAUGACGACGUUAAGGUUGAGAGAAUAGAAUACAAGAAAAACUGACACUCACUUAUUUUAACUUUUCGUUGUUAAAUAAAAAUGAACAAGUACUAACAUGUGUACUUUAUCAUGGAAUCUAUUAUCAUGAAUGUUAUUGAAACAUAUGUCACUUCAUUACCUUACAUCAUGUUUAGUGUUCUGGAAUAUGUGUGACUUAGAAUGUAUAUGACUGUACAAACUGUAUUGAUAUAUAAAGAGCAGGUUAACCUGUAUUUGAAAAGGCAUUAAUAUAAAUUGUUUUAGAGUUAACAAUGAUACAUUCAUAUUUGGGACCAAAGAAAUUUUUGAUUGAAAUUAUAUUUUGUCCAAUGGGAUGGAAGCGGAGAUAGUUGAUAGUGGUUUUUUAUCAGGUCAAUUGAUAGAUAUAAAAAAGGGCUGGGUCAGUAGACAAAAUAAGUUUCAAACAUUAAACUGGUAAGAGUUAUCAGUAUACCUUUACCAAAUAAAUUUGUUGAGUGUCUGUGUCACUCCAAAAUGCUACUUAAAACCUUUAACUAUUACAUGGCAAGCUUUCUUUUAGGUCAAGAUUUGUAAUAAAACUUAUGCAUUAAAAACUGCAAAAUGUAUCUUCAUGUAAAUUAAAAGCUUAGAAAAGAAAGCAUAAAGGAAUGUUUUGGAUGACUUUGUGUUUUUAUAUGAACAUAUGUUAUUGAUAGAAUUGUGCAAUAAAUAAGUAGAAAUACU